UUUAUUAUACCUCCGUCUUUUGGCAAUACACACCCUCACACCUCACCCUCAGAGGGGCAGUACAAUGUAGGGUUUAGAGUAUGAACUUGAGGGGCGCCUGGCUGGCUCAGUCCGUAGAGCAUGCAACUCUUGAUCUGGGGGUUGUGAGUUCGAGCCCCAUGUUGGGUGUAGAGAUUAUUUAAAAUCUAAAAAAAAAAAAAAAGGUAUGGACUUGAUAGACUGAAUUUAAAUCCAUCCUUGUUAUUUAUAAGCUGUAUGACGUGGGGCAAGUCAAUUAACUUGUGUUUCAGGUUCACAUCAGAAAAAUGGGAAAAAUAUGAGUGCCUAUCUCAAAAAGGCUUUUGUGAGGAUUAAAUGAGUUAAUAUGCAUAAAGAACUUUUUUAAAAAAUGUGUCCAGGGGUGCCUGGGUGGCACAGUCGGUUGAGCAUCCUACUCUUGGUUCCAGCUCAGGUCAUGAUUUCAGGGUCAUGGGAUUGAGCCCCACGGCAAGCUCCAUGCUCAGUGGGGGGUCUGCUUGAAAUUCUCUCUCCCCCCCUGCCCCUCCCCUGCUCAUGCUUGCACACUCUCCCUGUCUCUCUCAAAUAAAUAAAUAACCCUUUUUUUUUAAGUAAGUAAAUAAAUAAGGGUCCAACAUAUAUCAAUUACUUAUCAUUGCUGUGUAGGUAUUAUUAUCCAAAAUGUGGGCCUGCUUCCUGCUAUAGUUGCAUGUGUCGCAGUAUACUGUGCCCCUUUGGAUGCAUUAUUUUAUUCACUUCUCCCGUUCCUCUUAUAGGUGACUGCCAUCCUCAUUUCACAGAGGAGGCAUAUGAAACUAUAAGAGAUUCAGUAACUUGCCCAAGGCCACACAGCUAGCCAAUGGGAUCUAUACCUGGAUCAGCUCUACUCCAGAGAUGGACCCUUAAGAACCACUCUGUGCUACCUCUCUUGCUAAAUGCCCACUCCAAAGUUAAGACCUCCACCCCUCCUCUCCCUCCAGGGCAUCAAGGAUCUGCCAGUGUGAGAGACUCAUCGUCACAAGGCCAUCACCAAGGGGCUCCCUGCCCCUAGGCUGCCAGUCCACAGCAUGCAGGAAACCCUAGCAACAUCGACACUGUCGGCACCCAGCCGAUCCUCAAUCUCCACGCAGGAAAGGUUCUCCACUGCAGGCCAAACUUCGAGCACAGGCCCUCAGCCCUCAAGGCCCUCAAUUAUCCCACCCCCCAGCAAGUCCAAGGGCUGGAAUUCUGGGACCAAAGUACGUUGGAUGCGCAGGAUCAUAGCUGAGGAUCCCGAGUGGUCACUGGCCAUCGUGCCCCUCCUCACAGAGCUCUGCAUUCAGCACAUUGUCAAGAACUUCCAGAACAACCCUAUCCUGAAGCAGCUGCUUCCAGAGCACCAGCAGAAGGUGCUGAGCCACUUGUCACCCGAGCUGCCGCUGGCUGUGACCGCCAACCUGAUCGACGACGAGAGCUACUGGCGCCGCUGCUGCCUGCAGCGCUGGCCCGUGUGCCAAGUGGCCAGGCAUGGCGGCAGCUGGAAGCGCCUGUUCUUCGAGCGGCACCUGGAGAACCUGAUAAAGCACUUCAUCCCAGGCACCACGGACCCCGCGGUGCUCCUCGACCUGCUGCCGCUCUGCCGGAGCUACGUGCGCAGGCUGUGCGUGGAUCAGCUCCUCCCGCCCGUGCAGCCGCCCGCCCCACCCCGCAGCGGGGAGCUGUCCGACUCGGGCAGCGAGGGGGAGACGGAGGAGCCCGCCACUGACCACUACCAGCUGCGCGACCUGGUGGCCGGCCUGAGCCACCUGGAGGAGCUAGACCUGGUGUACGGGGUCAAGGACUGCGGCAUGAACUUCGAGGGGAACCUCUUCCUCUUCACCUAUCGGGACUGCCACUCCCUGGCGGCCACCAUCAAAGCAUGCCACACCCUCAAGAUCUUCAGGCUGACCCGAAGCAAGGUGGACGACGACAAGGCACGCAUCCUAAUUCGCAGCCUCCUGGAUCACCCAGCCCUUGAGGAGCUGGACCUGUCACACAACCUCAUCGCGGACCGGGGAGCACGUGCCGCAGCCAAGCUGCUGAGCCACAGCCGCUUGCGUGUGCUCAACCUGGCCAACAACCGGGUGCGGGCACCUGGUGCCCAGUCUCUGGCUCACGCCCUAGCACACAACACCAACCUCAUUUCCCUCAACCUGCGCCUCAACUGCAUUGAGGAUGAGGGUGGCCAGGCACUUGCCCACGCCUUGCAGACCAACAAGUGCCUCACAACACUGCACCUCGGUGGCAACGAGCUGUCUGAGCCCACCGCCACGCUCCUCUCCCAGGUGCUCUCCGUCAACACCACGCUCACCAGCAUCAACCUGUCCUGCAACCACAUCGGGCUGGACGGCGGGAAGCAGCUCCUGGAAGGCAUGUCGGACAACAAGACCCUCCUGGAGUUUGACUUGCGCCUGUCAGAUGUGGCCCAGGAGAGCGAGUACCUCAUUGGCCAGGCCCUCUGUGCCAACCGGGAAGCUGCCCGCCAGCGGACCUUGAAUCCCAGCCACUUCAUGUCACCAAUCGUCACCAAGGGCCCUGAGAACCCUGCACGAUAAGG